UCCAUUUCUCCUCAUCUCAAUUUUAUUUCUAAAAAUUGCCCCCAACAGAUUUGUGUUUUUUUCUUCAAAAUUAAAUUGAUCGCGGUGUGGUUGGCGAAUCACAAUUGAGUGUGAACUCUGCUCCACAUGGAGAAUCUGAUAGCAUUAGUUAACAGACUGCAGAGAGCAUGCACCGCGCUAGGCGAUCACGGCGAAGAGAGCGCCUUGCCCACUCUCUGGGAUGCCCUACCGUCAAUUGCCGUCGUCGGUGGUCAGAGUUCUGGAAAGUCCUCUGUGUUGGAGAGCAUUGUUGGGAAAGACUUUUUGCCUCGUGGAUCAGGUAUUGUCACUCGACGUCCACUUGUGUUGCAGCUUCAUCGGAUUGAUGAAGGUCGAGAAUAUGCAGAGUUUGGACAUCUUCCUAGGAAGAAAUACACGGAUUUCGCUGCUGUGGUAAAGGAGAUUGCAGAUGAGACUGACCGUGAGACAGGACGCAGUAAACAAAUAUCAGCAGUUCCUAUAUAUCUCAGCAUAUAUUCCCCUAAUGUUGUGAAUUUGACAUUAAUUGAUCUUCCUGGCCUUACAAAAGUGGCUGUUGAGGGCCAGUCAGAAAGCAUUGUGAUGGAUAUUGAGAACAUGGUGCGGUCUUAUAUUGAGAAGCCCAACUGUAUUAUUUUAGCAGUUUCUCCUGCCAACCAAGAUCUUGCAACAUCUGAUGCUAUUAAGAUAUCCCGUGAAGUGGAUCCAAAAGGUGAGAGAACAUUUGGAGUUUUGACAAAGAUUGAUCUCAUGGACAAGGGUACGGAUGCUGUAGAUAUCCUGGAAGGAAGAGCGUAUAAGCUGCAGUUUCCAUGGAUUGGUGUUGUUAACAGGUCUCAAGCUGACAUUAACAAAAAGGUUGACAUGAUUGCCGCUAGGCGUAGAGAGCAUGAAUAUUUCUCUGAAACCCCAGAAUACAGCCAUCUUACUCAGAGGAUGGGUUCUGAACAUCUAGGGAAAGUUCUAUCCAGACACUUGGAAGCUGUUAUCAAAUCUCGAAUUCCAAGCCUUCAGUCCCUCAUCAACAAAACCAUAAUUGAUCUAGAAACUGAGUUGAGUCGUCUAGGAAGGCCCAUUGCAACUGAUGCCGGGGGUAAGUUGUACAUGAUUAUGGAGAUCUGCCGCGUAUUUGAUGGGAUCUUCAAAGAACAUCUCGAUGGAGUUCGACCAGGUGGUGAUAAGAUAUACAGCGUCUUCGACAACCAACUGCCUGCUGCGCUGAAACGAUUGCAGUUUGACAAGCAUCUUGCCUUGGAGAAUGUUAGGAAGUUAAUUACUGAAGCUGAUGGAUAUCAGCCUCAUCUUAUAGCACCUGAACAAGGUUACCGCCGUCUGAUUGAAACCGCCUUGAUCACGAUCAAAGGUCCUGCAGAGGCAGUUGUUGAUGCUGUUCACGGAAUACUGAAGGAGCUAGUUCAUAAGUCCAUCAACGAGACUGCUGAGCUGAAGCAGUACCCUUCUCUGAGAAUGGAGGUCGGCAAGGCGGCCGUGGAAUCGUUAGAGAGGAUGAAGGAAGAAAGCAAGAGAGCAACUCUGCAGCUAGUAGAAAUGGAAUGCAGUUACUUAACCGUGGAUUUCUUCCGCAAGCUUCCCCAGGAUGUUGAGAAAGGCGGCAAUCCAACACAUUCCAUUUUCGACAGAUAUAACGACUCCUACCUCAGAAGAAUCGGAGCAACUGUGUUGUCUUACGUGAACGCGACCUGUGCUGGCCUGAGGAAUUCCAUACCAAAGUCGGUGGUUUACUGUCAAGUCCGCGAGGCCAAACGCAGCCUGCUGGAUCAUUUCUUCGCAGAAUUAGGCAAAAAAGAGGGACGACAGUUGGCUAAGGUGUUGGACGAGGAUCCAGCCAUUAUGCAGCGGCGUGUGUCUCUUGCAAAGAGAUUAGAGCUGUACAGAGCUGCGCAAGACGAGAUUGAUAAUGUAGCCUGGUCUAAAUGAUGAGUUCCAUCACAAACACCCCUCUUUACAUUUUCAUUUUUUCAGCAGUUCAAAAUAAAAACAACCUUGUUUUGUAAUGCGUUGGAGUUGCCUUCAUCGUGUAAAUGUUUUCUUGAAAGUUGAAAGUCAAUAUAAUGGACACAAAAGGAAGAAAUGCUUAUUGGCUGUUGAG